AGAACAUCGCCGCUGCGUGUCUUCUAGUCGUUUGACGGCUUUGGUUUGGAUGCCCUAGGUAGGUUCGAAGGUUCGAACGCCGAUUCCAAGUUCCGACCAGAGCCUACCAGCUAGAUCGAUAGCGGGAAAGCCGUGGCGGGAAGAAACGCGAGCGGAGACGUGAAAGGAAGACCAAGGGGUUAGUUUGCGUGGUUUGCACUCUUCGUCUCGUCUGACGGAAAGGAACACAGUUUGUCCGCAGAAAACCCGUUCCAUUUCUCGUGACCGAAUUUUCUCAAGUGCGCUUACAGCAGACAUGGGCGAGAAAGAGCUAUUUUGAAACACGAAGCGUUUCAUUCCUCACGAACAGGGAAUGGCAACGGGUGCAUUACCUUUCCAUGAUCCUCGGGAAGCUGGCCAGAGGUCAGGCGUGGUGUUCACCAGGAGCACCGAUGUGAGCCCCUUUUUCUUUCUCAAGACACCAGCCAGGCGGCCUCUCAGACCCAGUUGACGCUUUUUUUAGUCAGCAUGUGUGUUCUGCCGUGUUGAAGAAGUGCUGUGGUCUCUGUUCUCUCGGGGGAAUGUCUACACAUCCUUGUCGCUGAGAACGUCCUAGUUUUUCGCUUUCAUCGCCUCUCGGUCACAGCGGCCCUUUUCGAUCGAAGGCUUCUCUCCCCGUCAACAACACAUGCAGAUCCUCGUCAAGCAACUGUGGCCCAGUGGCCUCUGACUUUGCCCCCAACUUCACUAGCAGUGUGUUUCGCCAGUGGAGUUGUUUUUUCUGACCUGACCGUAAAAUACUCACUCUAGAUGGCGACCUGACUAAAUCGUGGUGGGUGACGCGGCAGUUCGGCAUCAAAACAAGCGCAUGAAGCAACGGCUGCGGCCGUGGUAUUUUCACUACGUUUAUCCACUCCCUUCUUUAAUGAACAACUGAGACUCGUUCAUGUUGGUCUGCGGUGCCAAAACGAAUUACGAAGAAGCCUUGCUUCCAUCGCCUCCUUCCCUCUUCCUUGGGUUGAAUUCCUCCUGCUUCUCUCUCUACUCAGUAUCCGCCGGGUCUCGCGCUCUUUCACAGUUUUUUCUGUUUCUGGUGGAGUGUUGAAACUGAACGUUUUGCAGAAGUGACGCUGUUGUCUCCAUCCUUUCCUCGUUACCCGCUUCUGCCCGUCCUGCCUACAACAUUUUCCGUUUACCAUUUCCCCUAAAAUCACCUGUUGCCAAUGGUUCUACGUAUUUUGAAUCAUGGACAGACAGAAGUGCCGAUCUUUGCUGCGAUGGGAGGGUGACGCGCAGAGGGUACCUACUUCGCGUCUCCGCGCUUUGCGGCUCCACCGGGUUUCUCUGCUUUUCCUUUUGUCGCUGCUUUCCCUAGACAGUCUCUCUGUGUUUCUGGCGGCGUCGCUACCCUACCACUCCGCAUCUGAGUUUCUGAACAUGUCAAGGGAACAAAGGGAACGGCACUUGCCUCUCUUUCGCGACACGGAUUCUCCCGGCUCGCAGCACAGUGAUGUGUUUGGAGCCGCGGGUUUCACGUCAGACAGCGAAAUGGAGAGAGACAAGGAAACCGGGAUGGAGCGAAGAGAACAGGAGCUCGAUGCCGAGAGGCAAAGCGGCAGCACUGCUUUGUUUGGUAACUCGUUCCACCCGGAAACAGUAGAACUCAGCCCUUCUACGGAAACCCCAUGGGAUGAAGCCGAUUUAAGCGGAGCUGCACCGAUCGCACUUCUGCAAGAGAAGGCUUGGAUCACCAAGGACUACCUGCAGAAAGAAUUCAUGAGGAAGGUAGCUGCUCAAGCUCGUGCGCGAGGAGAGAGGGAGGAAAAGCAGAGCGACGAACACGCCUCCCACUCAGGCCGUGAAGAGGAAGACAUCGACGCAGCACAGGCCACCGGAGAGGAUGCAGAACUGGCAAUUUUCGAAGGAAGGGGACGUCGCACAUGGCGGAGCAUUUUUGACACUUCUGAGUCGAAGGAGCUAGAAAAGACCCGACACCGAGAAGCGCCAAGGAAAGAGCAGGAAGCAAUUCGCGGUGUUCCGAAGAAAGCCAGCACCACAAAAGGGGAUCCAACACAAAAAAGCGGGUCCCUAGACCUCGAAGCGUCACAGAAUCCAGGUUCUGCUUCGGAGGCACCACCCCAGCCGCCUCUGCCUCCAGUGUCGUUCUUAGAGUACCAUCCUCGUCCAUCCGUCGUCAACGCGUCCGUAGGUCCCGACCGCAGACACGUAAGGACUGUGCGUGAACACGGGGUUUCAUCGUCACCCUCGGCGUCACGGCCCUUAAAAUUGAGCCUUUCUUCCCCUGCUUCCCACUCCUCUUUUCUCUCAUCGUCCUCUUCGCCGGCCACGACAUCGUCGUCUCCCGGGCGGUUUGCUGUCCUGGCCUCUCACCAAGAUCUGUCUUCUGGAAAAUCCUCCGCCUCUCUCCGGACGCUUUCUGCCCCUGGGGAAGCCUCUGCAGUGUCUCACCUGCAAACGAAAAUGCAGUUCGUCGAGCAAGUCCUGGCAACAGCUCUCAGCGGCGGCGCCUCAGCUCUUGCUCAGGGUGGCGGGUUACCUGCGAGUGGCGGGGUGCCGAUGCAGCAGGUGACCAUGGCGGGGAUGAGGCCAACUGUGAUGGCUCCGGCAGACUACGGUGUUGUGGUGCAGAGUCAGGAGAUGGGGAGUGUUGAAAUUGCGUUGAUCGUCAUGGGGUGUUUUCUCGGGGUAGGCUUGAUCGCUGGAGCGAUCUACUUCAUUCUAUCUGGAGGAAGAAGGCGCCGCCGACGGUAAGAGGCGAGAGCAGGCGGGAUGCGUCCUGAAACUCCCGACGACCAAACAUCCGAUGCCAUUUGUUUUCGGAGCACGGGAAUGCAGAGGGAAAAGGGGGCAAAAGCAAGCCGGAGGCGACGCAUGGAAAGAAAGUGUUUCGCGCGACAGCCGCAGAUCGCGUGUUUGGACCACGCUGGCUCCGGAACUACAUACCUCGCGUUUAUGUGCACCAAACGAUCGGCCUAGCAAGGGGCCGAUGCAACGGCGAUGCCGGAGGGCAGAAAGCUGUGCGUAGUAGAACCCGUGCUACAGCAAUAUAAGCUGGCGAAAAGAGAGGCCACUGAGAUAGCGCACCUGGCGCUUGACUCAGCAGAAUGCGCCUCCUGAAAAAAAGACACAAAACUCUGGGAGGAGAUGCACACAGACUCGCAGGCGGGGUGUGUUGGCCGGCGGUGGGAGGGGGACGGUCUUCACACAGAAGGGGACCGCUAAAGACGGCAAAAAUCGACCGAUUUAAGUAAAAUAACGCACAUGGCAAAAACAACUGUACGCCAUGACAUGUUUCCCUGUUUCGUGAAGGGGUCUAUUCUGCCUUGCACGUACCAGUGCACUGUCUUAUGAGCGAGCUGUCAGCCAGUCUUGAUCUAUCAAGUUUUGUCGUCCGCCGUCGAUAGUUUAAUAUUGUGCUUCCUGGAAAUAAAUGAGAUGAAAAACCCACACAACAGACGGCACAUGCUCACUUCCGAUUUGCUCGGCAUUCACCUUUUGAAUCGACGCCGAUGGUAGUACAGAGACAGAUGGCAAAACGUUUCUGUCAUGAGCCAAAUUAAGCCGUUGAUGUCUUCUAAUCUGUUAGAUUACCGUGUGCCUUCGCGUCUUCGGUCCAUCAUUUCUUGGCCCUCUUCUCGUUUAUGUGCUCUCCGAAGCAUCCUCUCCCGUGGGAAGCAAUUCACCCCUCGGUCCUCCUUAGUUCGGGUGAACGAAACAUCCCGACUGAGAAAGGAUGAUCGACGGAAGUAGUUAUAAUGGCAGCAAGCCCUUAAGGGUGUUGAUUCGUCAAUAUGCAUCUAGAUUUAUUCACUUCUGAGGUCCCCUGAUAGAUGGUGCGAUGAACCCUUCUUUGAAGCUGCCAUUCCUUAGAGGCUUGUCAUAGAGCAAGCUCGAGGCAUGCUUCCGAUAAAAUUGGCCAACAGUUCUGCGUCCAGAGGCGUUCAUCGACGGAAGAAACUGGAAACUAAUUUUCUGUUUGCUCGUCAAAAGAAAAAGAACGAGACCAAGUAUGGUAUGGGGUCUCUCUGCACUCCACCUACUGUGUAUGUUUUACAUCUUGGGGAAUCCGAGGUAGAGAGCAUUCUGGGGAAAAACCACAGGGGUUAGCGCUGAAAAUCGACGUCUUUAGGAAACACAUCUGUGACGGCCGCUCAAAUCCCGGC